AUCCCCGGUAUCCAGCGUCAGACGUCGUUAGGGGUAACGUCAUCACGUUAGGUAUAUAUACCGUCGCGUUUUGGUUACCGCGUUAGUUACUGAAUUUGAUCGGUGGCAAUCAGACGUGUUUUUACACAGAGCGCAAAAAUCAAAGAAAUCACAAUGAAAAGAGAGCGAUCAUCCGAAAGAAAGAGCAAGAGCUCGUCAAAGAGGCACAGCAUAGAUGUCUCCUCCAGUCAUUCCAAUGACAGACAGUGGUAUGAUGUGUUGCUGGAACUCCACAUCAAAUCUAGUUACCAAUUGACAAGUGCAAUCAACAAGUCAGAAGACAGAAGGGAGUUGCCUACAGUCCCGCAACCCACCCACACGAUUGAGUGGUUAGCUCGCACCAGUUUCAGACAUCGCCCUGUGCGUCUCAAUGUGCCUCAUGUACAACAAAGGAAGCACACUGUGCCACAACCAAGGAAGCACAAGGUUGCUAGGAGACGGUGUGUGCAGCAUUCGCAGCUUGACACCUCCUUCAUUGUCUACUGAAGGAGCAACUCUUGUCAUAGAACUUGUACCUUGUAUGUGGACAGUGGUGCAAAUGGAGAGUGGUGGUUUGAUCAUGUGAGGAUGUGAAUCACUCUUGUGUGAAAAAGACUUGUCUUGUGACGAAAUUCACAGUGCUCUCUUAAUGUGGAACAGACUUCUGAGUGCCGCUAUUGAUUGCAAUGAGACAAAUAAUGGUGACUUUUUGAACUGUGUGAUUGACACAUUUACCAACACAACAGCAGACUGGUCUACACAAUCAGUGUUUUUUUCACAUAUGUAUAUACUAUAUACACAUGUAAAUAUAUUUAAAUCUGUCAUGUUGACAGCUAUGUUGUGUACAACUUUAAUAUGUAUAUUAUAUAUACAGUACAUUGUAAAUAGAUAGAUAUAUUUAUGUCAUAUUGACAGUUUAUAUUGUACAUAGUGUAAAAAAAAGUCUAGGCCAGCCUUCAGUAGAAAUUGGGAGAUUAUUAACAUGCAGAGAGUUAGAUCAUGAAUAAAUCUGGAGAAUAUACAUGUAUAGCUGUAGCUACAUGUAAGUGUUGCUGGGUCUUCUGACUUUAUGAAGUUUACCAAUUACAUAGAUAUGAUAACUAAUACAGGUAAUUUGUACAGUAACUUUUUAUACAAUAUAAAGUUCAAAAUUUCACAACUUUUAGAUUUAAAUAAGGUGGGGUGUUAUUUUUUUU